AUUUGAAUAAAAAACUCUUGAAUGUCAACAAUAUUUUCCUGUAAGAAUUUUAAUUACAAAAUUUUGAGGAAGAAUUUAUUGUACAAGGAGAUUUUCGGUCUUUUAAAUUAAAAAAAAAAACAAAUUAGUUGCAAAAUUGGGAAUUGAAUUAAUUUCAAUUUUUUUAUAAUUUUAGUACCACUUGCAUUAAAACAUCCGAAAGUAAAUUUAAUGUGUAUGAAAAUCUAAUAGGAUAAGAAAAAUAAAUAAGAACCAAACACCCCCCCGAAGCAAACAGGUACCUAUGCUUACACCUAUACCUGUUUAAUAAUAAAUUUACUUGUAUUAAUUGCAAUUAUUAAUAACAAAAUAAUAAAUUCAAUUUUAAUUUUAAUUCUAUAUUUUGGUGAUUUAAAAAAGCAAAAUCUUAAAAUAAAAAAAAGUUUAAAGAUUAAUUAAGAAAUUACGACACAAAAGAAAUUUCGUGAAAUCAAAAUAUUUUUUUUUGGCUAAGUGUGGAAUUAUUAAUGCACUAAUGAGGUAAUUUUAUAAUGAGUGUUAUACAUGUGAAUAAGAUCAACAACAUUACACAUAUAGUCAACUUCAUCAUAUGAUUCAGAAAAAAGAGAGUGUCAUUACUGAAAUCCCCAUUUAACAUAAAUAAUUUUGGUGCUUCAAAUUCUCUUCAGAAUGGAAGUGAGUGCUCCACCGUCAGCUACAAAUAAUCUUUUACAUCAUAAUCAUCAUGAUACCUUAGCGGCAACCACAUUAAAUGAUCAUCCAAAGAAGACUAAAAGUCCUGGUGCUGUAACACCAAUAUUACAUAAUCAAUUAUUACAAAAUGAUGAUCAAAUCAAUAGAUCAUCAUCACCUUCUGCUUCCUCAUCUCAACAAUUGAAUAGUCGUAGUAAUAGUUCAAGCUCUGAAAUUGAAAAAGAAUUAGCUGAAUUACAAUUGGCUGGUGUUAAUUUGAAUGCAACAGUUGUUAUAGAAAAUGGUACUUGUCAUCAAAAUCAAAGACAUCAUAAAUCAAAUAUAAAUGGUAAAUCAACAAAAUUUUAUAUAGGAGAUGAAAAUGGUGGAGGAAAUGAUGAUGGUCCUCAAUCAAUUAAUUUAAAUGGAACAACAGGUUUAUCAACAUCAGUUACCUCAACAAAUACUAUCGGUACAACCGGUUCAUCAUCUCAAUCGAUGACAAGUGGUGGUGGUGGUGGUGGUAGUGGUGCAAUGUCAGGAACAGCAACAGCAGCAAUUGGAACAACAACAAAUACGACUUCUCUAAAAAAACGAAUCUCAAGUAGCCGAACACCAACACGAAAAGCGAGAAGAAUUAGAUUUUUACGUAAUGGUGAUCGAUUUUAUGCCGGUAUUACAAUACCAGUUUCAAAUGAACGUUACAGAUCUUUUGAAAGUCUAGCUGAAGACUUAACAAAAUUAUUACAGGAAAAUGUUAAAAUUCCUGGAGCUGUAAGAAAUAUUUUUACAUUAACUGGUAAAAAAGUUUCAAAUUUAGAUGAAUUAGAAGAUGGUCAAAAUUAUAUUUGUUCCUGUAAUAAUGAGAGUUUCAAAAAAGUUGAAUAUAAUACAAGUGGCAGUAAUAGUGGUAUUGCAGUAGAUGGUAAUAUUGGUAUUGGUGGAAGUAGUAGUAGUGGCGGAUCUGAUUCUGGUGGUGCUUUAGCUAAAAGUAAACAAAAUAAUCGUUUAACAAAAACCUAUCGUCCAUCAUCUCCAUUAAAGAACGGUGGUUUAAAUGGCAGUCCUAUAUUGAAAUUAUCAGAACGUGAUAGUGUUGUGCAUCCACGAAUAGUUACAUUAAUUAGAAAUGGUACAAAACCAAGAAAGAUUAUGCGACUUUUAUUGAAUAAAAGAAAUAGUCCAAGUUUUGAUCAUGUUUUAACAGCUAUAACACAAGUUGUUAAAUUAGAUACAGGAUGCGUUCGUAAAGUUUUUACUAUAUCAGGUACACCAGUAUUACAAUUAGCUGAUUUCUUUGGACUUGAAGAUGAAUUUUUUGCAUAUGGUACAGAACGUGUUAAUCCAGAUGAUUUUAAAUUAGAACUAGAUGAAAUAAAAGUUAUACGUAGUACUAAAAAACCAUUACGUAAUGGAAUUUCAGUUUCUGGACCAAAACCUAAAAUGCCAGUUAAAAGUAAAAAUGUACAUAAUGUUACAUAUGAUUGUUUAGAAGAAACUUUAACUGAUGCUGGUAUACAAUUACAAGAUUUACCAUUAGAGAUAAAAGAACGUUAUGCACUCGAUUAUAAAGUUGGUGAUGGUAAUUUUGCUGUUGUAUUAAAAGUUGCUGAUAAACAAACAAAUGAAACAUAUGCCCUAAAAAUUAUCGACAAAUCUAAAUGUAAAGGAAAAGAACAUUAUAUUGAUGCUGAAGUUAGAGUUAUGAAAAAAUUACAUCAUCCACAUAUUAUUGAUUUAAUUUUGGAUGUUGAUAGGCCUGAUAGAAUGUAUUUAGUAUUAGAAUAUGUUGGUGGUGGUGACUUAUUUGACGCUAUUACACAAGUAACAAGAUUCUCUGAAGAUCAAUCAAGAGUUAUGAUAAGACAUUUAGCUUCAGCUAUGGCAUAUUUGCAUUCCAUGAGUAUUGUACAUCGUGAUAUUAAACCAGAGAAUUUAUUAGUUGAAAUUGAUUCAAGAGGUAAUGUUGUUGAAUUAAAAUUAGCUGAUUUUGGUUUAGCAUGUGAAGUUACUGAACCAUUAUUAGCAGUUUGUGGUACACCAACUUAUGUUGCACCAGAAAUAUUAAUGGAAACUGGAUAUGGUUUAAAGAUUGAUGUUUGGGCAGCCGGUAUUAUUUUAUAUAUAUUAUUAUGCGGUUUUCCACCAUUUGUAUCACCAGAUAAUCAACAGGAACCAUUAUUUGAUGCUAUACUUUCUGGUGUCUAUGAAUUUCCAGAUCCGUAUUGGUCUGAUAUUGGUGAAGGUGUUAGAGAUUUAAUCAGUAAUAUGUUACAAUCAGAUCCAGAUGUACGGUUUUCUAGUGAAGAUAUUUUAGAUCAUUAUUGGACAAUGGGUGAAAAUACUGAUUACAGAUGAGAAAAUAAAUAAAAAAAAAUAUAUACAGAUUAAAAUAAAUAUUGAAAAAUAUAUAAAGGAAAUAAUGUAUAUUUAAACAUAAAUUUAUAUAUACUGAUAAUAAUAAUAAUAAAUAAUUUUUAUAAGCUAAACAAUUUUUGUAUUAAAUUACUUAAUAUUAUCAAUUAAUUAUUGAUUAUAAACUACGAUUAUUAUUUUUUUUUUGUAUAUGUCUAAGGAAAAUUAUUUAAUAAAUCUUAAAUAUCUUAUAUGAAAAUUAUUUAAUUUAUAUUCUUAAGAAAGAUAAGAAGCAAAAACAAACAAAUAAGAAACAUUUAAGUUCUUUUUCUGCUCUAUAAAUAAGUAGUA